AUGUCAAGACGCAGUAGCCGAUUGCAAGCCAAGCAGCAGCAGCCACUGUCAUGUCAAGAAGAGUCUCCACAAGAACUUCAGGCACCAGAACAUCUCCAGACCAGAAAAAGGAGAACAGCAGAGGAGAUUAAGAAAAAAGAAGAUGGGAAAAUUGCUAAAAAACAUCAAUAUGAGAUAAAGAGUUGUUGGCCGCCCACGAUAACAGGAGGCAUCUCGCCUUGCAUAAUUAUUGAAACGCCUCACAAAGAAUCAGUCACCACUGACUUCUCAAGAUUCAAAAAGUACAGGUUCAGAAACCUUUUCAUAAAUCCAUCACCUUUGCCAGAACUCAGCUGGGGAAAUUCCGAUGAUGUCUGGCUCAACAUCCUGAGGAAAGAGAGCAGAUACACUCAUUGCAAACAUUUCACAUCGCUACAUUCUAGUUUGCAACCUCACAUGAGAUCAAUACUGUUAGACUGGCUCUUAGAGGUAUGUGAGGUGUAUGCACUCCACAGGGAAACCUUCUACCUAGCUCAAGACUUUUUUGAUAGAUUCAUGUUGACACAAAAGAACAUUAACAAGAGCAUGCUUCAGCUCAUAGGAAUUACCUCAUUAUUCAUUGCCUCCAAACUUGAGGAAAUCUACGCUCCUAAAAUACAGGAAUUUGCUUACGUCACUGAUGGCGCUUGCGGCGAAGAUGAUAUUGUAAGAAUGGAACUUAUUAUGUUAAAGGCUUUAAAAUGGGAACUCUGCCCAGUGACAAUCGUCUCUUGGCUGAACCUCUAUCUUCAAGUGGAUGCUCUGAAGGAUGUUCCGAAGGUGCUGCUACCUCAGUAUUCUCAGGAAAAAUUCAUUCAGAUAGCACAGCUUUUAGACCUGUGCAUUCUGGAUGUGAAUUCUUUGGACUUCCAGUAUAGAACGCUGGCUGCUGCAGCGCUCUGCCACUGUACCUCAAUUGAAGUCGUUAAGAAAGCUUCAGGCUUAGAUUGGGACAGCAUUUCAGAGUGCGUGGAAUGGAUGGUUCCCUUUGCAAACGUGGCAAAAAAAGUCCCUGUGAAGCUGAAGAACUUUAAGAAGGUUGCAGCAGAAGAUCGACAUAAUAUCCAGACACACACAAAUUAUUUGGACAUGCUGGAAGAAGUUAACAGUGGAGUAGCAUCUACUGCCCCAGGUCAGUUAUCACCUGUGUCGACAGGAGGAAUAAUAACUCCUCCCAAAAGUACAGAGAAGAAAUGA